AUGACGGACUCGGUGCAGGCUUCUGCGGGCGCGGCCGGCAGCUACUCGACCCGCUCGGGGCUCUCCAAGAGCUGGCGCACCGUCAAGACGCACGCGGGCGUGUACACGGGCGGCAAGGUGGAGCUCUUCCAUGGCCGCACCAGCGCCGACUCGGAGCCGCGCGCGCUCAUGGCCUGCAUGCUGCACAACGACGUGGCCAUCAUCGACGCCAAGACCGGAGAGCUGCAGCGCACCCUGCAGCAGGACGUGGAGGACGAGGACGCCAAGGAGUCGUUCGUGGUGUUCGCCGUGCGUCCGGGCAAGAAGAACCAGCUCGUGACGGCUGGACGCAACCUGCUGCUGCGCGUGUGGGACCUGGACACGUUCAAAUGCGUGCGCAUCAUCAAGGCGCACGAGACGCCCGUGCUGGCAAUGGGAUUCGACCCGUCGGGCACGCUGCUGGCCACGGGAGGCAGCGACCGCACGGUCAAGGUCUUUGACGUGGACAAGGGCUUCUGCACGCACAACUUCCGCGGCCACGCGGGCAUCGUCACGCUCGUGCAGUUCCACCCGGACGCUGCCAAGCUCUCGCUCGUGUCGGCCAGUGACGACGCCACCGUGCGCGUCUGGGACCUGUACACGCAGAAGCAGGUGGCGUGCAUCCAGGACCACAUGAGUCUGGUCACCAGCGUCGCGUUCUCGGAAGAUGGAUACACGAUGCUCUCGGCUGGUCGCGACAAGGUCGUCAACUUCUGGGACUUGAGGGACCACAAGCUCAGCAAGACUGUGCUGGUGCACGAAGCCGUGGAGGGUCUUGUGGUGGUGCCGUCGACGUACAAGUGCGUCACCAAUGCGUCAGCGGGCAAGACGCAGGAUGGCAAGGCGAUCCACUUCUUGACUGCUGGGAAGAUGGGUGCGCUGCGCCUGUGGCGUAGCAGUGGCAGCGCCUGCGAGACACUGUUCACGCAGAAGUCGGAUGCGUCCUCGGCGCUGACGUACACGGAUCUGCUGCUGAGCCCUGCGCGCCGCGAGGUUGUGGUCGUGUCGUCGGAGCAGAACUUCUUGGUGUUUGACGAAAAGCUCAGCCGCCGCACGCAGAUCAUCGGCUACAAUGACGAUAUUCUCAACCUCAAGUACGUCCCGAAGGCUGAUGCAAGCGGCGAGCCUUCCGACGUGCUGGCUGUCGCCACGAACAGUGAACAGAUCCGUCUCCUGCACCGCAGCACGCUUUCCUGCGAUCUUCUGUCGGGUCACACUGAUAUCGUUAUGGCUCUGUCCGUCUCGCCCGAUGGCCGAUGGCUCGUGAGUGCUUCCAAGGAUCGGACAGCUCGGCUCUGGGACUUGCGGCCUAACGGUGGAAAAAAGAUGAACAAGACCCUGCCGCGUUGCGUUGCUACCUGUGCCGGACACACUGAAGCCCUUGGCGCGGUUGCUAUCUCCCAGCGUGCGUCUAGCUUCGCGACGGGGGCCGCCUUCUUCGUUACUGGUAGUUCGGACAAAACGCUGAAGAUGUGGAGUCUCCAGCCGCUUGCUGCUGCUUACGCUGCCACUGCGAAGCCUGCGCCAGCGGAGUUGACGAUCUCGACGCUGGGCGCGGUAAAGGCUCACGACAAGGACGUGAAUGCACUCGCGGUGUCGCCUAACGAUCGCUUCAUUGCUAGUGCGUCGCAGGAUAAACUUAUCAAGGUGUGGCACUCGCAGCAGGGUGGUGCUGGCCGCCUUUUGACGCUGGCUGGUGUUUGCCGCGGACACAAGCGUGGUGUGUGGGCUGUCGAGUUUUCGCCUGUGGAUCAGUGUCUGGCGUCGGCUAGUGGUGACAAGACGGUGAAGGUGUGGUCCGCUAAGGACUUUUCGUGCUUGAAGACGUUCGAGGGACACACAGCUUCUGUGCUGAACGUGCAGUUCGCCUGCGCUGGUAUGCAGCUUCUAUCUGCGGGCGCGGACGGACUGGUUAAGCUCUGGACGAUCAAGAGCAACGAAUGCGAGGCGACUCUUGAUAACCACGAGGACAAGAUCUGGGCUCUCGCUGUGUCCAAGGACAGCUCCGAGAUGGUCAGCGGUGGUGCCGACUCGACUAUCAACCUCUGGCGUGACUUUACCGAGGAGGAGGAGCGCGCGCAGCAGGAUGAACGCGAUGCCAAGCUGCUGAAGGAGCAGGAACUCUUCAACUGCCUGCGCAGCAACAAGCUGCUGGAUGCUGUUCAGCUCGCGUUCGAGCUGAACCACCCGAACCGCAUGCUGCAGAUUCUGCGCGACCUGCUCGAAGGCCCGCGACACAAGGACCAGCCGACGCUCCCUGGUGGCAAGCCUAUCGACCCCGACAACUUCUCGCCUGAGGACAUCUACGCGCCGGUGGUUCACAGCUUGAAGGACCAGCAGCUGACGACGCUUAUGGACUGGCUCCGUGACUGGAACACAAACGCCCGCAACACGAGCGUCUGCCAAGUGCUGGUGAGCACGAUUCUUCGUGAGCUGCCGCCUAGUCGCUUGAAAUCGCUGGAUGGAGUCUCCAAGACCGUGGAGGCGCUGAUCGCAUACAGUGAGCGCCACUUCCAGCGAAUCGAUCGUAUGCUACAGAAGUCGUACCUUGUGGACUUCAGUAUUGUGACCAUGAAGAGCCUGCUGCCGGUUGGCGAAAGUGAGUCGGCCGUCGAGAAGACGGACAGUGAUAGCGAAGCAGAAGCAGAGGAAGAGAAGGAGGUGAAGGCCAAGGAGCAGCCACGGAAGCGUGGCAAGGCUGCUGCCACCGGAAAAGCCAAGAAGCAACGCGUGUAA